UGCUACUUCUCAUUAUUAAUUAGUACAAAUCCACCAGAAUAAACGCUAACUAAAUUCCCAUUAUAAUUUCUUGUAGGUACUAAAAAAAUUGCGUUUUAGGAAACUAUCGGAUUUUGGUGUCUGCGUUGAAAAGAACAGUUUCUCCCAAUAACCUCUUCAAGCGGUACGAAAUGAUACUAAUUUUUAUUGCAACAAUAUCCAUUUCUUUCUAAGGAUUGUUUACUUUAUCUGUUAGUAUUAAAUCGCUGAUUCAAUAUUUCCAAUGCUUGGGACUGUUAGGUUUUUGAUUUGGUUUCAAUUUUGAUUCAACGUGAAGCGUGCAAAAUAAUACUUGCAAAAUCCCUAUAUUUUUGUUUUAAUGGAGAAUAAUACGUCACAAGCAGUGCACAAGCUACAGCUUGCACUUCUUGAUGGUAUUGAAGAUGAUACUAUGCUUUUUGCCGCGGGUUCUCUUAUGUCUAGGAGUGAUUAUAUUGAUGUAGUUACUGAACGUUCGAUUGCAAACCUUUGUGGUUAUCCGCUGUGCCCCAAUUUGUUGCCAAAACACCCUAGAAAAGGGCAGUACCGGAUUUCAAUUAAAGAGCAUAAGGUUUAUGAUCUUCAUGAGACAUAUUCGUAUUGUUGUACUAGUUGUUUGAUCAACAGUAAGGCGUUUGCUGGGAGUUUGAAUGAGGAGAGAUGCUUGGCUCUUACCCCGGGGAAGAUUAAAGAGGUAUUGGGUUUGUUUGAGAAUGUGUGUUUAGGAAAAGAAGAUGAAGCCGAGAGUGAGGAAUUAGGGUUGUUGAAAUUGAUUAUUAAGGAGAAUGAUGAGAUAAGAGGAGGAGUGGUUUCGAUUGAAGAGUGGAUUGGUCCUUCAAAUUCUAUUGAAGGGUAUGUUCCUCAAAGAGAUUGUCAAUCCAAGUCAUUAUCGAAUUCUUCCAUCAAAGGAUUUGAACCAGAGAAUGCCAAGCCGAAUGUGCAAACUGAUUCAGUUCCAAACGAGAUUGACUUUAAGGUUACUGUCAUGUCCAGUGAAGAUACUACUAGAUCCACGAAGGUUUCGGAACUUGACAAGAGCUCUCAGCUCAAUUCGGAAGCGACUGAACCAUUUCUCAGUGACAAAAACUUCAGGAGUGUUAUCAUACCUAAUGAUAAAUUAACUGCUCACAAGAAGUCAGAAGCUGGUUCCAAUUCUGUGCAUUCUCAACCCAAAAAAGGCUCUAACAGAAAGAAAUGUUCUUCAAAGAAGGGCAGCGAUUCGUUUUUUGGCCAUGCAGACUUUAUGAGCACUAUAAUUACCCAAGAUGAAUAUAGUGUUUCCAAAUUGCCUUCCAUUCAGGUCGUUGAUCCAAAUCAAAUAUCUCAAGAAUUUUCAGAAAAACUGGAUCUUGUUGAUGCAAAGAGGCAGCUUAAUUGUUCAGUGGAACCAGUAUGUUAUUCGCAGAAUGGUCCUGAAAAAUCAACGGACACAAGAAUUGGAAAUAGUGCAGAUCAGAUUAAUAGCUUAUCUAAAGUUCCUCUGCACCGUAGCUAUAAUGAUGCCAGUUCAAGUAGCAAGCAUGAAAAAGAUGAGUCGCAUACUGUCAAACUUGUUCCCUCUGUUCAGUUGAAAGGAAAAUCUUCUCUUAGGACUUCUGGGGCAAGGAAAGCUGCACGAUCUGUAACUUGGGCUGAUGAAAAACCAUAUGGUAAUGCUGGUGGAAAUCUCUGUGAGUUUAAAGAUUUUGAAAAUACAAAAGAAGGUCCGAGUACAUCAAGAAGCAAAGAUGCUGCAGGGGAUGAUGAUUUACAACGAUUUGCCUCAGCAGAAGCUUGUGCAAUGGCGUUGAUCCAGGCUGCAGAAGCCGUUGCAUCAGGACAGUCGGAUGCUUAUGAUGCUGUUUCUGAGGCUGGUAUCAUGGUGCUACCACAAGCAGAUGAAGGGGAAUGUUCUGCUAAAGAUGAUGUAGUGGAGGAUCUAGCUCCAGAAAAGUGGCCCAAGAAGCCUGGCGACUUAAGUUCUGACAUCUUUGACAAUGAUAGUUCAUGGUUUGAAUGUCCUCCAGAAGGAUUUAGCUUGACGUUAUCACCGUUUGCCUUGAUGUGGAAUGCACUCCUUUCUUGGCUUACAUCCUACUCAGUGGCCUAUAUCUAUGGAAAAGACGAAAGUUUCCAUGAAGAGUAUAUAUUUGUUAAUGGAAGAGAAUAUCCCGGCAAAGUAGUCCUUCCUGAUGGUCGUUCUCCAGAAAUCAAGCGUACACUUGCUGGUUGUCUUGGCAGAGCAUUGCCUGGACUGAUUACUGAUCUUAAUCUGCCAACUCCAGUAUCCUCUAUAGAACAUGAACUGUCCUGCUUGCUGGACACCAUGUCUUUUAUGGAUGCACUUCCUCCAUUUAGAAUGAAGCAAUGGCAAGUGAUUGUUCUUUUGUUCAUUAAUGCUCUUUCAGUCUGUAGAAUUCCUGGACUAACCGCCCACUUAACAAAUAGGAGAAUUCUAAUUCCAAAGAUCUUGAAUGGUGCUCAGAUUAGUGCUGAAGAAUACGAGAUCAUGAAAGAUCUUACGAUUCCUCUGGGUCGUGUUCCUCAAUUUUCUAUGCAGAGCGGUGGAUGAUAUUUUGAUUUCUCAUAUCUCUACUUGCAGACCGCUGCUGCUCUGAUUGUUACUGCUGGCAUGUCGCUCUUUGCUUGUGCUGCGCGUGUUCUUUUCGUGGCAACAAAAAAAAAGAAAAAAAACUGUUUAUAAAGGAAAAAAGGAAUGAAACCCAAAAAAGAGAAUGGAAUACUUGGUGAUCCAGAUUUGGCUAUAGUUGUGAACAACAAUGAAAUUUUGUGCCAGUAUAAACAGUUUGUUAAAAUUGAGCAGUAUUUUGUCUCUUCUGGAACUGCAACAGUAGAGCAGAUGCUCUUCCAACAUGUGAUCUUUCUCCUGACCAAAUUUGAAGUCUACUUCGGACUGCUUUACUUAUCAAGUGCUACUACUGCUCUCCUUUGGAAAUAUUUUCAUAAAAUGUGUAAUGAAAAUUUGAGAGAAAAUAUAAGUUAGUUGAAUAUGUAAUAAAUUUUAUAAUAUGGACUAAAAUUGAAUAUGUAGCAAUUUUUAUGAAGGGAGAGUGUUUGUAUUCAGCUUGAAUAAUAAUCCUAAAUCAACUGUUUGACAAA